GGUCACUUCCGCUGUUGUGUGUUGGAGGCUUCGGCCCAGAACCUGGUCCCGCCGGCCCAGACUGUCCAGGAGCCAGACCCCGGUCCCGCGGAUCCGUCACAUGCACCGCACGGGAACCCGCUCCUCCACCGAAUUGCGCGGCGCCUCCAUGGAGCUCCCCGGGCCAGCGGGUCGGGACGACGGGGGCUUCCCGGAGCUGGAGGCCGACGAGGAGCUGCUGUGCUCGGUGAGCGACAUCACGGAGCUGCUGGGCCGGAACAUCAGCGCGGUGCUGGACUCGGCGCUGGCCGAGGUCCGCAAGAUGGUCAGCAUGCGCAUCCGCGUCCUCAAGAUGGAGCUGAGGGAGAAGACUCACGAGAUCGAGGCGCUCAAAGCCCGGCUGGACCCGGGGGAGGUCCGGAAACACGAGUCCGGUCCCGGGUUUCCCGGGUCCGGGUCCAGAGCCAACCCGAACCCGAACGUGAACGUGAAGAAGGAGAACAUCGACGCCAUCUGCGACUACCUGAUGAAGGACAAGAACGCGCAGGCGCAGCCGCUCAGCCCGUGGCCGGACCCCGGGCCCCCGGAGCCCGGGGUGGGAGACCCCGGGGUGCCGGGGCCCCCCGGGGUCUCCCACCCAGGGGUCUCCCACCCAGGGGUGCAGGGGCCCGGCCCCGCCGCCGGGGACGCGGACGAGCUGUUCUGCAUGCUGCCGUCCGGCAGCAGCAAGCGCCUGUACGACUACGAGUGGAUCGCCCCCAUGGACUACUGCUCCGACCUGCGAGUCAUGAAGGAUCCAGCCUGUGAGAACAGCCGGAGCAGUGAGAUGGAGGAGGAUGAUGACGAGGAGGAGGAGGAAGAGGAGGAGGAGGAGGAGGAGGAGUCCAGGACGGACGAGGGAGGACCGGAGCAGAACCAGCCCUCUGAGCUCUGCAUGGACCCCCAAAACUCUGUGGGGGAGGGGGCCAGUCCGCUGCAGAGCAACCCAGACCCAGCCGAGGCAGGACAGCCGUUCACCGGCCACACCUUCAUCUGCUCCCUGUGUGGAACCUUCUGCCCCAACUCCAUGUUCCUGGAGGAGCACAUCAAACUGAUCCACUCAGGCGACCCGGCUCUGAAGGCGCUGCAGUCCACCUCGUCCUCUACUCCGAGCCAGACCGACGCCGGCGACGGUGGGGACUGCGGCCAGGGCAUGGCUCCCGGACUCGGUCAGUCCAUGAAGAAGGAGAUUAAGAUCGAGGGGGGCCACGAGUGCGCCGACUGCGGCCGCCACUUCAACUACCUGGGUAACCUGCGGCAGCACCAGCGCAUCCACACCGGAGAGAAGCCCUUCAUGUGUCCGGAGUGCGGCGAGCGCUUCCGCCACGCUGCCCGCUUGAAGAGCCACAGGCUGGUCCACAGCGGUGCCCAGAGCCCCUUCCCCUGCCCGCAGUGCGGGAAGGGCUUCUCCGUGCUCUCCGGACUCAAGCGGCACCAGCGGGUGCACACGGGCGAGAGCCCCUACGCCUGCCCUCAGUGCGGCCGGCGCUUCAAGGAGCUGGGAAAUCUGUACACCCACCAGAGGAUCCACAGCGGCGCCACGCCUUACUGCUGCCAGCAGUGCGGACGCAGCUUCCGGCACCUGGGCACCUUCAAGAGCCACCGCUGCACCCCGCCGCAGUAACCCCACAAACCCUCACUCUGCCGGCGGGCGCCGGCGGCGUCGUUCUGCAGCCGCCUGAGGAUUCUGCAGGAAGAGCAGGGCCGGUGGUCCUGAUGCGUCUCAGAUAAACUCUUCCUCAGCUUUUCCGCUGAGCCUCAGAGGUCAUUUACAUCCUCCAACACGGGUCGUUCACAUGGACAACCCUUCUCCAACCCGACUAACCUGAAAGAUCCAUGUGAACAGACACCUUAAUCCCAACACGCUUGGACUCAAAGUACAUGAUCCCACUCAGAGUGGCACGGAAAUGUCUUCAGGACCUCAAUCGUGGGCAGAUGUCGUGAUCAGGAGUCUUGAAGUUUUUGUUGUGUUCAGACCACAUGACUCAUUUGCAGCGGUAGGCUGGUCUUAGAUCCGGUUUAACGUGGUACUACCCAAACCACGCCACUUAGAGUUUUUAUCCGGAGCUGAGCUGGUUUAGUUGUUCUGCAGUGAAACUGGCUGGAAACCAGACAGACGCUUCAAUUUCGAUGCGAACCGUCGGGUCGGCGCCGAUGACAUGAAACCAGUCACGACAUGACAGGACGUCUAACAGGCUCGAGGGCGACUAAAACCGCUGCACGAAGAAGACAAAGGUCACCGCAGGAACCGUAACUAUCAGGAUAAAAGCACCAUAAGGGUUAAGAGCCACGCCUCAUUUUUCAUUUCCACCUUAAGUGUACCCACCACCCAAAUGUUGCUCACUGCUCAAUAAAAACGCAGCUUGAAUGAGGUUCCUUUAACCAUUUGUUGUCUGGUGGCGGGUUUCUGUAAGUGAGGGUCCAGACUAGGUUCUCUGGGUCUCAGCCGUUUGGGGGUGAAGGCCGGUCCCUGACUUGGUGUUGGGUGCUCUUUAGGUACGAGAUUACGUCCACCUGUCGAUGUUCCCUUGGAGUUGGAGUCUCCUUGGUACCAUCGCAGAGUAAUCCGAGUAAACGCAGCUCACUUCCUUUUACUUAUUUUUCUCAUAUCGUGUAGCACGAAAGAUGCACGCAGUAUUCCUCUUCUUCUUCUGCUGCUACUCUGCUGUUGUGAUGCCGUGAUUAUUAUUCCUGCUUCAGCAGUCUCCUCUAUUCCAGAAGAGGGAGUCCCGGGAAGUCAAUAGCUAGGCUAACUGUGCUUUGCAUAUAUAUAUGUUGGAAUAACAUUGAUACAGAACCACGUUAGCUUGUCCUAAUAGCUCGAUUCAGAACCAGGUUAUCUUGUCCUAAUAGCUCGAUUCAGAACCACGUUAUCUGGCUCUAAUAGCUUGAUUUCAAGAAGUCCAGUUUGGUUCGACUACAUCACGACUAAGGUGUACACAUGGCUUUUAAAACUAUCAGUCGGACUAAGGUAAUAAUUGGACUUUCUGUUGUCUUCCUUGAUUGGCCGCUAAGCGAGGAGUGAAAGUGGUGCAUUACUGCCCCCCGGUGGUGGAGAGGUGGUGGUUCUGCUCAGUCAGUGAAUCCUACCCGGGUCCAACACUGACGGAGAAGGUCAGCUCCGUCACAUUUCCAGCCAGCUGGGUUUUAUCCUGGACUGGCCGUGUCAUUCUGUCUCCACCAGUUACAAAACAGUGAUCUCUGACGGUAACCACGGUAACCACUCAUGGCAGAAGCCCUGUCCGUAUGAAUUUGAGUCCCGGAGUUGAUCUUCAGUCAGGUCCUUGGGUUUUCUCUGUCUAUGUUGAGCCAGUGUCAUCACGCACCGGCUCAACUAGUGCGCAGCCGCCACUGAGGAUGAUGGGUAAACAUUUUCCUGAAAUUGGGGCGUGGCUCAGGUGACUUCCUGAAACUCUCACAGAUCUGGUACGAGGUUCCUGACUGCUACCAGUUCAAUGUGGAGAUGGUCGGUGUUGGUAAUGUAGGACAACCAUCAGAAACUCUACAAGUCUGGUUUUAAUACGGUGAAGUGAGAAUUGAAGACUGGCACAUGAUUUAAAAAAAGAGAAAGAACCGCAGGCUGGACACGUGAACAGAUCGGUUGUGGACGUGGGAACGCGAUGGGUACUCAGAGAACAUGUGGAUCACAGCAUUUCAAACAACUACGAUGUUACAAAUUAUAAAUCAGUUAUUCUGUAUGUUUUUCUGUACGAUGGUUAAAAACAAACCUGUUAAAACAUUACAAUAACAUUCCAGAUGUGUGUUGUAAUUGUUCAGUUCACUGAUGAAGGCCACUGGAAGUUUGCCAAGUGAGUUGGAACACUUACAAACCUGUAAAAGUUAAAACGUUGACCGCAGACAAUCUGGUUUCUAAUAAACGUCAUGUGGUGAACAAAUGUCCUCGCUGAUCGUCUGUAUGACGGCCCAACUUUGGCUUCCAGGCGUCACAACGCCACAGACGACGCCACGGCGUUGGAGGUGACGAACGAUGACGCAGUAAUCCCACUUUGAGGGUUUUAGAUGGGCGAAAGCUGCUGAACGACAUCCAUACGGUGACUGAGGGUGGUGGUUUUGGCAGCUGCGCCCUCCGCUGGAGAAGACGGCAACAACCGCGGGUUCAUGUUGGACUUCAUGUUUGAAUAAAAUAAAAUCAAACUUUAUUUAUAUAGCACUUUUCAUACAAAAGUAAUGCAAAGUGCUUUACAUCAUAAAAUCAACAUUUAACAUAGAAAAAC